CAGAUUGCCUGAUAAUUGUAACGACAAUGACCUUUGGAUCACGAGGCCAUGAAGUGAUACUUUGUUUUCUCAGUUCGAGAGGGAAUAGUGAGACAGGCGUAGCGACGUAGCGUGAGAGUAUUCUUGCCUUCCCUCUGUGAGCUUACUGCUGGAGUAACUUUUUGCCUUUGAGGCCAUUUGCCCACUUCUGUGAGAGAUUCGACAAUGGGGCGAGAACGUUGGAUGCUUGGAGUGUUUAUUUUAUUGGGUGUGACAUCAACAUGGGGAAGACUCAUCCAACGUUUUCCCAGUUUCCCUGUGGGAGGAAUGUUGCCAAAUGGAGGGAAAAUUUGGUCUAUUCUUGUGGCUGGUUCUAAUGGCUAUUACAACUACCGCCAUCAAGCUGAUGUUUGCCAUGCAUACCAAAUUCUUCACAAAAAUGGUAUCCCGGAUGAGAACAUUAUCGUUAUGAUGUAUGAUGAUGUAGCAAGGUCGCCCGAGAACCCAACACCUAAUGUUAUCAUCAAUCGCCCCAACGGCCCAAAUGUCUAUAAAGGUGUCCCCAUUGACUAUUCGGGUGAAGAUGUUAAUUCAACAAAUUUCCUUGCUGUGCUGACUGGUGACAAGAAUGCCAUUUCAGGUAUUGGGUCUGGAAAAGUUAUUGAAAGUGGACCAAAGGAUCACAUUUUCAUCAAUUUUGUGGACCAUGGUGCUCCUGGAUUCCUUUGCUUCCCAAAUGAUGAACUGCACGCUAAAUUGUUGGAGUCUACUCUUCAAAGCAUGGCAUACUCUAAUAAGUUUAGUAAGAUGGUGCUCUAUGUUGAAGCCUGCGAAUCUGGAUCUAUGUUUGAUGACAUUCUUCCUGAUAAAAAUAAUAUAUUUGUGAUGACUGCUGCUGACCCAAGAGAGAGCUCCUAUGCCUGUUACUAUGACAAGUUACGAGGGACUUACCUUGGUGAUGUCUUUAGUGUUAAAUGGAUGGAGGAUUCAGAAAAACAGGAGAAUCUCCUAUUAGAGUCUCUCCAUCAUCAAUUUGAGGUGGUUCGUACGGAAACUAAUACCAGCCAUGUAGAGGAAUAUGGAGAUCUUGAUAUUGGCUCAUUACCUGUGGCAUAUUUCCAAGGUUACCGCCAAACCGUUUCCAUUGACGAAAGUGAAGAUAUUCCUCCCAUCAUAGAUGCAGUGAACAGUAGAGAUGUUCCCAUAGAAAUACUUAAGAGACAAUAUGAAUCAGCUAUUGAUAAGAGGUCAAAAAGGAUCUUGGAAUACCAAAUCAAGCGCAUACAUAGAAUGCGGCGUCAUUUAGAUGUAACUGUGUUAGACAUUGCAUCUGAAAUCGCACAAGGAGAUCAUGAAAGAGCUGCUUAUCUACUCCAAUCAGAAAGCAAGCUCACAUACCCAAAAUUGGAUUGUUAUGAAACUGUGGUUCAAUACUUUUCAAGGAAAUGCUUCAAAAUAUCUAAGAAUCCUCAUACACUUUCAAAAAUGAACGUGUUCAUAAAUAUCUGUUCAGUAUCUUGGGCCUCGGCUCAAUCUGCUAUAAAGGCAAUGGAUGUCAUAUGCAUAAAGGAAAGACAUCUGACAGGAAUUCUCUAGAGGCAGAAAUCAUUUUUCCAUCUGAAAUCUGUGAUGAUAUUUAGAAUCAGUGCCAAGAUCUGAGAGUAAUGUGCUGUACCUUAAAAAGCAAUCAUUCCAUUCCAAAGACAAUAAAAAACAUGAGGACUUGUAUGA